UGUUUCUUCCCCGUUCCCUCCCCUUCCUUCUUUCCCGUAAUUCUUGUUUUGUAACUUGUCAUGGACUAGGAGAGCACAGACUGACAAAACGAAUCAAAGCGUUAAAUGCGUUUGAACCGAUUCACUUCGGCCCAGUGAUCGACCGACUCGCUGGCCUCUCUUUUACUUUUUAAGCCUAGGUUACGGAUUGCUGGCUGUACGGGAGCCGUGGAAACGCGGAUCGCGUCGGCGGAUCUUCGGAUGCUCGUUCACGGCUAAUCGGCGGUUCGGUGAUCGCGCAUCGAUUUCGCGAAUGCGCCGGAGAUUCGAGGCUUUCGUCGCAAACGCGUCGCGCUGUUCUUACCGUUUCAGCUGCAAGCUGGUUUCCUCGUCUUUUUGGGAACAUUGCUCCAACCAUCGCGCGAUCUCUCCUCGAUCGGCAACAGCUUCUCGUCCAACCUUGCUGUCUAACCUGCGUUCGACUGCUCGCGCAACCACGCGAGCGUCAUUGUCCUUCGAAGAUGGCGAAGUCUCUGAUAGAAUAAUGAAAUUUCAUACGUCAAUUCGAAUUUCGAAAAGUUCGAUAGAAAUUCAAUAGGUAUUCGUGGCUGCGAAUCUAGCGAUACAUAGUUGUUCGACCGCUUCCUCCCGACGCGCAUCUACUCGGUACGCGCGUUGGAAUAGUUUUUCCAAAAGGACCUAGGUUAUAUUUGAAAGGCCCAACGGUGAGAGCGUUGCACGACCGCGUUGUCGACUACACGUUCGUUCUCUCCGGCCGUGUUGCCCCUCCCAGCCGUUCGCGUUGGGUGUACGCGACACGCGAAACUCUCGAGAAAAGAUGGACGGGUUCGCGAGACACGGACGCGAUGAUCCGGAGCCGAUGUUCGUCCGGGUAGCAUCAAGGGUGAAACCUGAUUCCAGAUAACUAGACUAGCACACCGGAGAGUGUCGGCUGUUGUUCGGGUUCCCUUCCCUCGCUGUCUAAUCGUUGCCAGUUACGGAGCGAACCUCUUCGAGAAAACUGUAGAAUUCGAAUGGUCGUGUUCGAGCAUUCGAUCAAUGAAAUUUCACGUCGGUUCGCAAAGAUACGAGAUGAAAGGUUGUCGCGGAAGUUCCGGGAAAUUAGGUAACAAGGUCGGCGGGAGACACGUCGUCUUGUUCGCUGACGCCGGCAACCUGCGAUCACACUUAUAGCUGGCUCGAGACGUGAAACUCCAGUGGUCUAUUUUUCUGAACUGCUCGCCUUAUAAUAUCGAUAUCGAGUCAGACUCGUCAAGAUUUUACAAAGAAUUUAAUAAAUGCGAAUAUUAAUUGUUUCAAAGCAGUAUUUCAUUGCAUUACAAUCAUUACGCGCGUUCUCUGUUCGGUUCAGCGUUCGAUUCGAGAAGCUACGUAAUAUUAUCGUUUGUUAGGCCGAUCAAGCUGCGAGACAGUCGAUCCUCUCUCGAUUGGCGAAUGUACAGGGGGUGAACGGAACGUUGAACGCAGCCAUCGGGGUUCGCGGCGACCAUACACCGGAGACGAGUCGCACGCUGUGUUCGCCGAUAGUUUCGUUUUCGAUGUCGUCUGCCUGUCGGGCAGACCACGGGGUUCGAGCAACGGCCGCGCGACAGGAAAUCGGAGAGAAUCUUCGAUCGCGAGACGCGUGGUUCUCGUAGUCGGGGAACCGAGAAAUAAAAUCAGUUUGUUCGGGUUCGUGAUCGAUGUGUGAUUUAUUUUCGCUGAUGCGAAUCAUGUCGGCUAUAUAAUAUAUACAUAUAUCUAUAUAUUCAUACCAAUACAGUACAUACGUAUAUUUUUCUUGUCGUAGCGAGGAUACUUUCGACGAGGAAGGGCCUUUCUCGCGUGCGUUAAAGCAAACGAAACAAACGAAACAAACGAAAAGGAAAGAGAAAAAGGAAAGAAAAAGAAAGAAAAAGGAAAAUGAUAAACGGAAGGAAAGGCCGAUCGAGGCCAGACUCGAAUUUUUUUAAAAACGGUCCAACCCUCGUUUCCCUCUUCCCCCGAGACUCUGUCCACGACGUACAAUAGUCCGCGAGAAUCUGUUUGCCCCGUUUUACUUUUCACUUUUCACUUUUCACUUUUCACUUUUCACUUUUUCGCGCGGCGCACUCCGUUUCUAUCCUUCCCCGUUGUUUCGACGGAUCGAGAGCCAGCCACGGCCCGGGCGCGACGACCGAAACGAAUGGGCGGGGAAAAAGUAUCGAUUGUUAAUCCUUGCUAGCGUGUAAGAACGUACACCGCGUAUAUUUAAUAUAUAUAGCGCGUAAACAGAAUACCGGAUGAAACGAUUAGGUAUGCGGUGCUGGGGAACGAUACGACAACUGGAUCGUGACCAGUUUCUCGAUUGAACCUUCUUUCGCGUCUUUUGCAUUAAACAACGAAUAAUACGGGUUCUUUGCUGGAACGCGCGAACGGAUUUUCGAGAACCUCGGUCCUUCGUUGAUCGAUGCAGGAAAUAUUAGGGAAAUCGUCAUUCGGAAACUUCCAUUGCGAUCGAGUUGCAAUCGUCUCCAAUACCGUGUACAUGUGUAUAUGUGUAUCUAUAUAUUUAUACGUCUAAUUAUAACUGUAUACAUACACAUACGCGUACACGUACACGUACACGUACACGUACACGUACACGUACACGUACACGUACACGUACACGUGCGUACAGAAAAGUAUAUAUGAAGAGAAAAAGGUAUAUAUUAAGAAAAAAUGAAAAAAAGCAGUAAAAAUAUUAUCUAUAUAUGCAUAUAUAGAUAAGAUAUGUUUUAUACGCUGCAUGUCAUCCCUAGAGGAAAAAAAAUAACGUGAUCAUCGUACAGUGUCGUUCGAAGUCGAGUGUCUUUCCUUCUAUUUUAUUUGUCUGUUUGUUUUCCAUUCGAUCGUUCUAGCGGUUUAAGCGACGCUCGUUUGCCAAUGCACGAUUGUAAUUCAAGCGCGCGCGCAUAAGCGAAAUGCUAACGAUCGCACCGUUUAGCCGAGCAAACGCGCUGUCCCCGAUCGAUAUAGUCUGUCCGUUCGAUCGUUGCGCGAUUUCAAUCCGUCGACGAAUUCACCGAGGCGCGCGCUCGGAUCCACCGAGAGAUCCGAUCGUUUGCCCAGCUAUGCUGACCUCUCGAGAGAAUCAUUUUCCAUUGUUUUCGUCGGAUAUGCUUCCUUCCGGAAGUCUCGACGCGGCUGUCGCUUGUCGCUUGUCGCUUGUCGUUCGAUCGAGCUCACCUAAACGUGUCGGGUGUCUCAGUAUUCGUGUCGCAGGAAUAAUUCAACGUGGACCAUCAGACUAAUCAGGACCAACUAACCAGAAAACACGUGUAAACGAAACAGCGAAGAAAACGUAUCGAGUCAAUCUACUACCGCAAACAAAUUCUAAUAUAGGCGUGUUACGCAGUAGAGAGUCCGCGAACCGAAAGGAGCGUACGAAAUUUCAAGGAAACUAUAAGGGAAUAGAUCGUGCGUUGGCCGUUCCGGAUUUUCCAGUGAUUCCGGCCUGCCUCGUCGAACCUGCGGUCGGUGAUCGUUCCGUCCGACGCUUCUGUUUUCAGAGAUUCGUUAACUGGCGCGAGUCAUUCGGAUACGCGUCGACAGUGGGACGGCCAGAAGUUGAUUCGGUUAAUAUGCAAACACAGAAGCAGAAAGAACUUUGAUGAAAAAAAUCUGAAAGAAUCCAGUUGAACCGCUCGGUGGUUCGAAUGUUAAACGACGAGACGUCCCUCCCGCCUCGAACGAAGUCCCACGACGGCCGACGAGGAUCUUAACGGUGUACAGUUGAGAGGGAAAUUUUAAACUUUUUAAAGCAUUAACGGUGUAGGGUAUUUAAGCUGUCCAAGACCGGGCGUACGUUUACCGGCGACAAGAUUUUAAGGUUUCCUUGCCUCGCGUCAAGACACGGCCGCUGAGGGAGGACGAAACUUGAAGAGCAUCGUUCGCGCGCGAUUACCGAUCCUCGUUACCCUCCACGACUGCGAGAACGGAUUCGAGCGAGGCCACCGAUAAUGGUCGGUGAUUCUCUCCGUUCGUUAAAACCGCGGGAUUUCUUAACGAUCGAUCGCGAACGAGGUCAUCGAACCGGUGCGAUCGUUAGUAGAGUGUGACAGAAAAUGCCGUUCGGUCCCGUUACGUCGAAAUCUACGAGACGCGGAAACCCGUUGACCGGGCUAGCUAGGGAAAUCGUGAUCGAUGCGAUCGUCGUCGAGCCGAUCGAUGGAUCAUUCGCGAAGGGAACAGAUCGGGCAACGCCUCAAAAAUCGCUCGUCAGGCCGGUAUCUGCAGUCGAUCCGUCUCGAACGUUCGUUUCAAGCAACACCCGAAGGAAACUAUUCGAUUCGAAUCGUCGACGUGUUGCCGUUCGAUCAAUUAUUUCUAUGCGUGGCAGCAACGUUUCACCGAAAAUAUUCUCGAAGAUUAAUCGUUUAACUUGUAAUGAAAUUAUAUAUAUAUAUAUAUAUAUAUAUAUAUAUAGAAGACGGGCGAUCUUUGAAGCGAUGCCGUGCUACAGUGGGACGUGAGAGAACUGUUCGAUCGUGUCCGUAGCGUACUAAAUGGUAACAAUCGCAACCGAGGUAACGAAUAGGGGAAACGAAGCGUGAUGGAAGGGGAUGAAUAACGAAGCUUCGAAACCGAGUGAUCGAGUAAGUGUUUGGCUGUGCAGUAGAAUAGGUAACAGACAGAACGUUUUAGAAAGAAAGGGAGAGAGAGAAUACGAAACGAUGCGAGAGAGAGAGAGAGAGUGAGAGAGAAUGCGAGUGUGAAAGAUUAAAUAGAAGGCGUGAAAGAGACAUAAAAAUUGAAAUGUUAAUCGAAGGCAGCGAAAGUACAUAGAUGAAAAAAUUAGGGAUGGGAUCGAAUCUAAAUUUGAAAUUCUCGAAAUUCUCGCGAUACUUCUGCCGAUUUGAUCGAACAAUAGGAUUAUCAUGUUUCGAGAACCGACGCCAACACUUCUAAAUAGAUAAAUGUUACCGAUCGAUUUCAAAGCUUUUCCUUGCGCGAGUUUCGAGAGUUUCGGACGAGGAAAACGGGGCAAUGUUUCGAAUGGUCGACAUUCGAAAGAUUGUUAGGUCUGAAAAGGUUUCGAGUAACCCCCAUCCCUGGUAUAAAUGCGUUUCGCUUUAUGUAUUCAACACCGAUCGAAUCGCAAAGUAUUUACAGACGUACAGAAUUUGUUGAUUCUCGUUCCGAAUCACGCGUAAACGAGUUUCUGGGUUUCCGUUCCCUUUUUCAGUUAUCGGAACACGCGAGACGGCGAACAGCUGGAGAAGGGAGGGGGCGAGCAUUCAAUUCGAUCCGAAUUCGAUUCAUUCGGAUAUCCGUCUGAUCCAGAGUGAACCGUUCACGCUCUGGAGAGUCUUUGAUAUACAAGUGUGCAACACACUGUAAAUGGUCUACACGUGUCGGCCUACACGUGCCUCCCGAAAUCCGCGGCGGGACUCUCCCGAUAAUCGCGGAGCGACCGCCGCCCGCGUGACAGAACAACAAAACGAUAAACAAUGCAAUUAACAAGUCUAUACAAUACACGUAUCGUUAUACUUGUUAAAUAUACACGCACACGCAUACACGCGCGCGCAUACGUGUAUGCUUAUGUGCAUACAAAUGUGCGCGGGCGAGUGUGCGUGCGUAUCGCACGUAUAUAAUAAACGGUUCGCGCGUUAAAACGAAAUACUGUAGCCGAUUUCACGGACAUUUUCGCUGCUUCGAAAAAAGCUGCAGUCUACCAUGUAUAUAUUUUCAUUAAUGUAUGUAUAAUAAAAAGAAAAAAGUAUAUUCGAGACAACGAUCGGCUCUGUGUGUUUAGUUGAUCGCUCUCUGUCACUCUACGGAUCGGCGAAGAUAUACGAAGAUCGGAGCAAGAGAAACAAGGAGAGAGGCGAGGAAGAGAGUGAGCGAGCGAGAGAGAAAGAGAGAGAGAGAGAGUGAGAGUGCGAGAAAAAGAGGGAGUGGGAGAGGGAGAGGGAGAGGGAGAGGGAGAGAGAGAGAGAGAGAGAUACAUUGGGAUCGAUCGAACUUUCGCGUUUCGGGAACUAUUUUUCGGCUUCUGAACAGUAUACAUAUUAUCGCAACCGACGUAUUUCUCUUUAGAAAUAAAUCUUGAUGAGGAAACUCCGUGGAUAUUCUUUGUAUUUAUGUAAACGGCACCUAAUCGCGUAUAUCACCUUUCUCGCGAAAGGUUCUGUGUUGAUGUCAAUAAAUUUUCAGUGAUUUCUAAGUGGUUUUACCCAUCUCCCUGGAUUUUAUUGUGGAAGGAUCGACGAGGAGAUCCUGACAGUAGUCCUUGGAGGGCCAUCGAAUGCUUGCUCGACGUGUUUUUAUUCUUGUUUCUCUGCGCCACCGGGAAAUAUUUUAACGAGCAAAUAUAGAAGAUACUUUAUCAAUGAAAUGAACAAUCAUUUUUCAUAGGGGACUCUCGAAAUCUAUCGAAAUAAAAUGCAAACCUAGCGAGGACUUUAUUAAAUUUUUCUUUAUUUUGUUGUAAAUACAAAGUGGUAUGCGUUUCGUUCGAUCCGUUGCUUGUAAUAAUCACCUGGGAAAAUGAUUGGUCGCAGAAACAUUGCUGGUCGGUAGUUAACAUAGCAAACAAGCAUGAAUGAAAACACUACGCGUAGUGGCUUAUUGAAUGAACUCACGUACGUUUGAUCUUAUGCCGCAUUACUCGGGUUGCCUAGCAACGCUCUCCGUACGAGUGUCACAUGGCUCCAUUUCAUUCAAUCCUGUAACCGAAACGGAUUUAUUUUCAUCAUUAAAGUCCUGUUCUCAACGAAAAUUCUUGACAUUGUUUUAUUAUUUAUGGAUUAAGACGAAUUGUAGUUCGUUUCGUGCAGAGUCAGGAUGCAUUCUGCAACCCUGCUUAAAAGGAAGAAAUAAUUUUCUAUCUUUGGUACUGUCAUCUGUGUUCUUUUCCGUAAAAAAUAAACUUAACCUAUACCCGACACCGAAAUCACUCAUUCGUCAUGAGUAAAUACAGAAGAAAGGAAUCCUCGAGCGAGGAUAGCGACAGCGAAGAGGAGCGACGCAAGAAAGAUAUUAAGGAAAGAGAUGAAUUUGCCAACAGGCUCAAAGCAAAAGAUGAAACUAGAGUACGGAAGGUUGCCAUGCCGGCUGGUUCAGGAGCAGCCGAAGCAGCCAAGAGACUUAAAAUCAUGGAGACGGACAUGAGGGAGAAGCUAGUCCCAAAGUUGAGAGUGGAAUCGCGUAGAAAAUAUUUGGAGAAGCGUAAGGAGGACAAAGUAGCAGAAUUAGAAGCCGAUAUCAUUGACGACGAGUAUCUGUUCGAGGAGCAAAUAUUGACGGACCGGGAGAAGAAGGAAAGAGAACACAAGAAACAGUUACUCCAGUUGGCAAAGGAGCAUGAAAAAGCCAGGGAGCUCGAAAGAGUGCAAAGAUAUCAUAUGCCCCUGGAAAAGGGCAAGGUUGAACCAGAAUACGAUACGCAAGAAAAUGAACCACCUCAAUCGGAACAAAGCAAAUGGGAAUCCGAUCAAAUGUCUUCUGCGGUGUUUCGCUUUGGUGCUAAAGAUAGAAAAGCUCAACAGGACUACGAUCUUCUUCUCGAGGACGAAGUAGAGUUUGUCCAAGCGUUGCGAAUACCAGGCAUCGAGAGAGAUCGAAAACGCGAGGAAAGUCCGCCCGCGCAAGUGAAAGCCUUGCAAACCAUACAAGAGACCAAAAAAAGUUUACCGAUCUACCCUUUCAGGAACGACUUGAUCCAGGCCAUUAAAGACCACCAAGUAUUGAUCAUAGAGGGAGAAACGGGAUCAGGUAAAACCACUCAGAUCCCACAGUACUUGUACGAAGCUGGUUUCGCGGAAGACAAUAAAAUCAUAGGAUGCACUCAGCCGAGAAGAGUGGCGGCCAUGUCAGUGGCCGCGAGAGUCGCUCACGAAAUGGCGGUGAAACUGGGGAACGAAGUGGGUUACGCGAUACGUUUCGAAGACUGCACUUCCCAUCGCACUCGAAUCAAAUAUAUGACCGACGGUACGCUGCACAGGGAAUUUCUCAGCGAACCAGACUUGGCCUCUUACAGCGUUAUGAUCAUCGACGAGGCUCACGAGCGUACCCUGCACACGGAUAUACUGUUUGGGCUAGUCAAAGAUAUAACGAGAUUCCGAUCAGACUUGAAACUGUUAAUUUCGUCAGCCACAUUGGAUGCAACGAAAUUCAGCGAAUUUUUCGACGACGCGCCCAUUUUUCGUAUUCCUGGUCGACGUUUCCCUGUCGAUAUUUAUUACACGAAAGCGCCCGAAGCGGAUUACAUCGACGCCUCGGUUGUUUCUAUCCUACAAAUACACGCGACCCAACCCUUCGGUGAUAUACUUGUCUUUUUAACUGGUCAAGACGAAAUAGAGACCUGCCAAGAGAUGCUGCAGGAGAGGGUGAGGCGACUGGGCUCGAAAUUGAGGGAACUUUUGAUCCUUCCCGUUUACGCGAACCUCCCGAGCGACAUGCAGGCGAAAAUAUUCCAGCCAACCCCACCUGGCGCCAGGAAGGUAGUUCUAGCCACGAAUAUAGCAGAGACGUCUUUAACUAUAGACAACAUAGUGUACGUGAUAGAUCCCGGAUUCGCGAAACAAAAUAACUUCAAUUCCCGGACAGGCAUGGAAAGUUUGAUGGUUGUCCCGAUUAGCAAAGCUUCCGCUAAUCAAAGAGCCGGGAGAGCUGGGAGGGUAGCCCCGGGAAAGUGUUUCCGGUUGUACACCGCUUGGGCGUAUCAACACGAAUUAGAGGACAACACUGUGCCAGAAAUCCAGAGAAUUAAUCUAGGUAACGCGGUGCUCACGCUGAAGGCGUUAGGCAUAAACGAUCUAGUUCACUUCGAUUUUCUGGAUCCACCGCCACACGAAACGCUGGUCUUGGCAUUGGAACAACUUUACGCUUUGGGAGCUUUGAAUCAUCGCGGAGAAUUAACGAAAUUGGGACGCAGAAUGGCCGAGUUCCCCUUGGAUCCUAUGAUGGCCAAGAUGCUGUUGGCCAGCGAGCAAUACCGUUGCUCGGAGGAAGUGGCCAGCAUUGCAGCGAUGUUGUCGGUGAACGGAGCCAUCUUUUAUAGACCCAAGGACAAGAUUAUACACGCGGACACCGCGCGGAAGAACUUUCAUGUACCUGGAGGCGAUCAUCUCACCCUGUUGAACGUUUAUAACCAGUGGCAGCAGAGCGACUUUAGCACCCAUUGGUGCUACGAGAACUUUAUUCAGCACAGGUCUAUGAAGCGAGCCAGGGACGUUCGGGAACAGCUGGUUGGAUUGAUGCAGAGGGUCGAGAUGGAGCUAGUUUCCGGCAUCACGGAGACCGUGAAUAUUAGGAAGGCUAUAACAGCCGGAUAUUUUUAUCACGUGGCACGGUUGUCGAAAGGGGGGCAUUACAAGACUGCCAAACACAAUCAAACUGUCUCCAUACACCCGAAUAGUUCACUUUUCCAAGAACUUCCCCGGUGGUUGCUCUAUCACGAAUUGGUUUUCACUACCAAAGAAUUUAUGCGACAGGUAACCGAGAUCGAAAGUAAAUGGCUGCUGGAAGUCGCGCCCCAUUAUUACAAGCCAAAAGAGCUGGAGGAUUCGACGAACAAGAAGAUGCCGAAAGUCGCGGGUAGAUCGCGGCCCGAUGGAACCAACUGACGACCAAGUAUCGAACAAGAAAUUCACGGGAUGCUUGUACAAUUCCUAGAACCUUCUACCUAACAUUGUACAGAGGCAACGUUGCAACGUUAUUUUUUAAAAGGGGAAACUUCGUCGUAACCGCGAGACGAUCAAAUUUGUAAGUAUCGAUUGUAUUUAAGGCAACGAAGAUUAAUACAUGAAGAUACGCUUUCUAACGAUAAGCCGCGUGUAAAAUAUUUUCAUUUGUAAUAAAUGCGAAUCGAAUCAAU